AUGCUUUAUAAUGGUUCAGCUAAUGCUGGGUGCUUGGUGUCGAGUGAUGUGUGUAACGGGAGCUCUACCAAAAAGGACGUUUCUGUGACCCCGACUGCCAUCUCGAUGACGGUGGGCAUCGCUUCCAACACUCUGGCCCUCUUCAUCUUGAUCAAAGCCUACCGCAGGUUCAGACUGAAGUCUAAAGCAGCCUUCCUCAUGUUUGCUAGUGGUCUGGUGGUGACUGACUUCUUGGGACACCUGAUCAACGGCUCUCUGGCUCUCUACGUAUACGCCUCACAGAAAGCCUGGGAAACAUUUGACCCUCACAAGUCUCUGUGUGACUUUUUUGGCGUUUCUAUGGCUUUCUUUGGCUUGACUCCUCUGCUGCUCGGAGGCUUGAUGGCGGUGGAGCGCUGCAUCGGAGUGACCCGUCCUCUCUUCCACGUCACAGUGCGGGGGUCCCAUCACGUCAGGAGGCUGUUGGGUUUAACCUGGCUGCUGGGUCUGCUGGUGGCCCUGCUGCCCCUCCUGCUUCAGAGGUCCUACCAGGUGCAGCGUUCACAAAGCUGGUGCUUCUUCCGCCUGCAGGGGCCGCGCGAUUGGGUGGAUGUGCUUCUGACGAUACUGUUCUCUGCGCUGGGUUUGCUGGCUCUCCUCGUCUCAUUGGUGUGCAAUAGCGUGACUUUUCUCACUCUCCUGCGGAGUAGGGUACAACUUGACCGAGAUCAUCAUCGCCAUAGCCGUAACACAUCACACCAUUCUGAGAUGGUCUGCCAGCUUUUGGCAAUCAUGCUGGUUUCCUGUGUGUGCUGGGGGCCAAUUUUGAUAACAGGCAUCAUCUUCAGCCUGGAGGAUCACGGUGAGGAUCAGACAUCAUACACUCAUAUGCUCCUGGUUGUGCGCAUGGCGACCUGGAACCAGAUCCUCGAUCCGUGGGUGUACAUCCUCCUGCGCAAAGCUGUUCUGAGGAGACUUUUUCAGGUGCCAUUGAGACUUUGCAGUCCUCACUCCAGUUUUCAUUUCCAGUGGCAGGGCAGCAUGGAGGCCAGCAGCUCAGUGAUCAGCAGACCAGACUUCAUCUGCCUGCGUGGACCUUUCCUGCCAGACACUGCCAUCCAGUCAGAUAACCUCCGUUGAUGGGGGAUAUGAGGAUAUUUGAUCAUUACAGUGGAAAAGAGACCAUGCCAUGUCUCUUGUAGAGGAAAUUUGCAUUCAUCUGAAGUCUGCAUACGUACAAUGUGCCAGAAAAAAUCUAAUACAAAUUUACUGCAUACUGACGUUUAAUCAAUUUGUUCAAAUGAGCAGAG